AUGCUUAGCCCUCCUUGCCCAUCAUGUCGUCUCGCCGUCAAAGCUCGACUCAGGAACAAAGUCCUAGCACUACAGCUAUCUCGGCGUGCUAUCAACUCGAAAUCCUGGUACUGGGACACCACGCCUCCCAGUGAUCAGCAGCUGGCUGCCGCACGCUGGUUUUUCAAACAGCACCCCCCGAGGAAGCUGUGGACCGCGACUGAAUGGCGCAAGAACAAUGAAGACCCUACUGGUGUCUUAGUACCCGAAGUGGCUUUCCUCGGCCGCUCUAACGUGGGCAAGUCAUCUCUUCUCAACGCCGUGCUCGACAGUCCUGGCCUUAAUCGAGUCGGUCCUCGCCCGGGCAAGACCGCGCUAUUGCACGCAUGGGGUCUAUCUGCCACCAAUCCUACCACAGGUGGUGCACUGAGAGGCUGGAAAGGCCAGACAGAUACCCGCGUUGCUGUACUCGAUGCGCCAGGGUACGGUUACGCCAGCAGGACUGAAUGGGGUGCUGAGAUUGUGACAUAUCUUAAGAGGCGGAAACAGUUGCGGCGAGUCUUCGUACUCAUUGAUGCUGUACACGGCGUCAAGAAGCACGACGAGCAAAUGCUGGACCUACUCCGCGACUCGAACAUCCCACAUCAGCUGAUAGCCAGUAAGAUCGACCGACAGAAGCACCUAGACGCAUCAAUGCAGCGGCUCCAAGAAGUCGCACAGCCUCGAGGAUCCAGCAAUGCGUUGGCAGGACUAGGAGAGAUCCUUGCUGUUGGCGGGCUUGAGGCCCCCAAAAACAAGAACAUUGGGGUCAGCGAUGUGCAGUGGGCUGUUCUUCGCGCAGCUGGAAUCGACGGGUUUGCCGUUGAGAACUACCUCCGCCUGGCAGGCGAAGAGGCUAUGAAACACUCAGCAGCACCAAGGUCAUCGAACGCCAGGUCUCACCUUGGUGAAACCGAAGUGCUACCUCUUGCACAUUCACAGACCUCCGACCGCCCGCCACGUGCUACUACACUCUCCCAGUCUGCUGAGGCUCCGCAAAACCCCAGACAACACAGAUCCGCCGCAGUGAGAGACCCGGUCAUGGAAUUCUUGGAACCCGAAAAGCCUCUGUCAACCGAGCUGAAGCCCCGUGUGUAUCGAGGCAUGGAUGCCCUGGAAGAAGCGGUGGGCCUGAACCCAGGCGUCAAACAUCGACCUCGCACGGCAGCUUCCCGAUCAAGAACGGUCGCAAGAGCUCGCGCGUCCAAGGUCAAUCCUCUCAGAGCACGUGCAAGAUAA